AUGUCUCUGGUCUUCACUUCUCUCAUACUGUUCACAUUCCCUGUUCAUUCUUCUUCAAUUCCAAGCAUUAUCGACACAAGCGACAUAGUAGAGCAAACUUGCAGACAAACUCCUUACUACGAUCUCUGCCUCUGGACUCUCCGAUCAAUUCCUCAAAGCCACAACGCAAACAUCAGAGAGCUCGCUCAGAUCAUGGUGGAUACACUCGAUUCCAGGGAUGUUCCUGAAGCUAUUUCCAAAGGCGACUAUAAGUCUGCAGAGCAAGGUACAUUCGAUGCUGCAACUGAGGCCAGGUCCUGUGAGAGAGGAUUUUCUAGAGGAAGAUCUCCUUUGUCGGACCAGAACAAGCUUGUUCAUCAUACCUCCAUUGUGGCUGCAGCUAUUGUCAAGGCCAUAGCUCGUGGUGGUUGA